CGGUGCGCAGGCGCGUCAACCGUUCCCCGCGGCGCGCGCGGGGCUGAAGUUUUUAUCUCCUCCGAGCUUGCUGUUGGGUGCAAACCCUGCAGGCUGUGACGGCCGGGGUCCUAGGGAUCCCAAGCUGGUCUCGUCAUCACAGGCAGUAAGUCUCCCUCGGAGUCCACUGACCUGCUCCUGGGAAGUCGACGAGUUCGUCUAGACGCUGUCAUCUUCCUGCGGGUGGGCUCAACCCGGAGUCCGCCGCGUCGCUCUUGACAGUUUUGACAGGUGUCCGUCGCCGAGUAUUACAGGAAAGGGAUGCCUGCCUGACUUACGGGUUUUGCUCUUUUGUUUUUUUAACUUAAGAGCGCUUUGUCUUAGAAAUAAUGGCUCCUGGACAGGAUCGAGUGGUUGCUCUUGUAGAUAUGGAUUGUUUUUUUGUCCAAGUGGAACAGCGGCAAAAUCCUCAGUUGAGGAAUAAACCUUGUGCAGUUGUGCAGUACAAAACAUGGAAAGGUGGUGGAAUCAUUGCAGUGAGUUAUGAAGCUCGUGCAUUUGGGGUCACUAGAAAUAUGUGGGCAGAUGAUGCUAAGAAGCUAUGUCCAGAUCUUCUCCUGGCACAAGUUCGUGAGUCCCGUGGGAAAGCUAACCUCACCAAGUACCGGGAAGCUAGUGUUGAAGUGAUGGAGAUAAUGUCUCAUUUUGCUGUGAUUGAACGUGCCAGCAUCGAUGAGGCUUAUAUAGAUCUGACCAGUGCCGUGCAAGAAAGACUCCAAAAGUUACAAGGUCAGCCUAUCUCAGCAGACUUGUUGCCAAGCACUUACAUUGAAGGGUUGCCCCAAGGCCCUACAAAAGGAACUGAAAGCAUUCAGAAAGAGGAUGUUCGAAAACAAGGCUUACUUCAAUGGCUUGGUUCUCUUCAGAUUGAUGAUUCUACCUCUCCAGACCUACAUUUGACGGUGGGAGCCGUGAUUGUGGAAGAAAUGAGAGCAGCCAUAGAGAGGAAGACUGGUUUUCAGUGUUCAGCUGGAAUUUCACACAAUAAGGUUCUGGCAAAACUUGCCUGUGGACUAAACAAGCCCAACCGCCAAACUCUGGUCUCACAUGGGUCAGUCCCGCAGCUCUUCAGCCGUAUGCCAGUUCGUAAGAUCCGCAGUCUUGGAGGAAAGCUAGGAGCUUCUGUCAUUAAAAUCCUUGGAGUGGAGUACAUGGGUGAACUGACCCAGUUUACUGAAUCCCAGCUCCAGAAUCAUUUUGGAGAAAAGAAUGGGUCUUGGCUGUAUGCCAUGUGCCGAGGUAUUGAACAUGAUCCAGUUAAACCCAGACAGUUACCUAAAACUAUUGGCUGUAGCAAGAACUUCCCAGGGAAGACGGCCCUGGCUACUCGGGAGCAGGUACAGUGGUGGCUCUUGCAGUUAGCCCUGGAACUUGAGGAGAGACUAACCAAAGACCGAAGUGAUAAUGACAGGGUGGCCACUCAGUUGGUUGUCAGUAUUCGUGUACAAGGAGACAAACGUCUCAGCAGCCUGCGUCGUUGCUGUGUCCUUUCUCACUAUGAUGCUCAUAAGAUGAGCCAGGAUGCAUUUGCUGCCAUCAGGAGCUGUAAUACUUCUGGGAUCCAAACUGAGUGGUCCCCUCCCCUCACAAUGCUCUUCCUCUGUGCUACCAAAUUCUCUGCCUCUGCCCCUUCAGCUUGCACUGACAUCACCGUCUUCUUGAACAGUGACUCAAGUUGUCAGUCAAAGGUGCCAAGUGCCAGCUCUGAAACUAGGACCCAGAGAACUGGUCCAGCUGUGCCCACCUCUAAAAAGGCAGCCACCUCUCUAGAGUCUUUCUUUCAAAAGGCUGCCAAAAAGCAGAGAUUGAAAGAGAUUUCCUCUGUACCUCUUAACACAUCCAUAGACAAGCCGCCAUCCAAGCCCUCACUAUUGUUCCAAAAUAGCCAAACGACAGGAGCUGAGCCCUUCUUUAAGCAAAAGAGUCUGCUGCUACAGCAAGCACAGCUUAGAAGUCCUGCAGCCCCUGACCCUCCACAGACUGACUCUGAAGUGGAACCAAGCUGUUUGCCAACAGCGUGUGUAGGUGCUGGUCCUGUUUAUGAACCAGGGCUGAACCUAGUACCCUCUAAAGCAAUUUCUACAGAAAUGGAUGUGGCUGUGGACAGUCCAGACGUGCUUGAGCCUUCAGCUUACAACUCUCAGGAGGCGGCCCGAAGGGCAGCUGAGGACCAGGUGCUCUGUGACAAGUGUGACUCCCUCGUCCCGGUGUGGGACAUGCCAGAGCACACAGACUACCAUUUUGCAGAGGAGUUGCAGAAGUCUUUUUCACAGCCUUGUACUCCAAAGCCCCCGGCUGCUCCUGCCAUGUCUCCUCAAGGCAAAAGAACUCCCAAGAGUCCUUUGGCUUCCAGCAAUAAACGCCUUAGGCUCCCUGGCAUGCAGACCCUGGAAUCAUUUUUUAAGCCAUUGACACAUUAGUGCCCUCAGGCUUUCAGGAGAGCUUUACUGUUUUAUUUUUAACUCGAGAGAUGAAAUCAUGUUGAUUUCUCAAAGGAAUCUAUGACAUUUUAAAAUCAAAAUUUUAAAAUUUCCAAUGGUAUUCUGAUCCUGUUGCUGAUCAAAAUGUUUUUAAUUUUUAGGGAAAUAAACAGUGUCAUCAAAGUUAUAAGGAGCCUUGGGCAAACUCCCUGAGCUUAUCUCACCUUUCUUACCUACAAAUUGACUAAAGACUAAACAUGGUAUUAUUUAGGGGCAACUCAAAAGAUACAGCCCCCCACAAAAGAAAAAAAAAGAAAAACCAAAAUCCUGACAUAAAAUUGGAACAGAAAAGGGGAAAAAAAUGAGGCAGGUGGUAGAACACAAGACAUGUAGUCUUCCUCAGCCAUGCAGGUGUUGAAUUAAAUAUUUUAGGCUUUUCUAAUAAAUUACAUGUGACCUUUGAUUAUACAUGAAGCCAGGCAGUAGGUUAAAUGGGUAGGAAGGUAGGAGACACAUCUCUUUCCCAUACAUAUAUACAAAUCAACUUCAUUUUACUUAUUUACAAACUAUGUCUUUGAAAAGUUUAAAAUUCACUGUGUUUAGCAGGAAAUUACCCUCUCCUUUGAAUUUACCAUCUGGCUUUUUCUCUGGCUAGAUUUGUAGUUGCUUAAAGUAAAGAUUCUUGCACUGCCGCACAUAAAAUAUGUUCUUAAUAUUGGUUGAAUGUAUAUAGUAAAAAAAAAUUUACAUAUCUGUAAUUUAAAAAAUUACAUAAACUGGGACAAUAAAAAAUGUACUCUUUGAA